AUGUCUGUCCUCUCCAUCCUCCUGGAUGGCGAAGUCAUACACCCAAUGGUGUUACUGCCACUUGCAGCUGUAACCAUGCUCGUUGGAUAUGUACUCUUUUGGGUUAUCUACAACCUUUCCUUCCAUCCUCUUAGCAAGUUCCCUGGUCCCAGACUCUGGGCCAUCUCAACCAUUCCCUACAUUCGAAACUUUACAGCCGGUGAAUGCCAUUUCACAAUACUUGAGAUGCACAAGAAGUACGGCCCUAUUGUGAGAGUCGGUCCAAAUGAUCUUUCUCUCAACCACCCAGACGGCAUGAAGGCCCUUCGUGGCCAUCGCAAGUCCGGAACUGGGGAGAACUCAAAGGAACCAGUAGCCGCAUCAUUCAAUGCGGACAACGUCAUCGGCGCCAAUCGAGAAAAUCACCAGCGUUACCGUCGUACUCUUGCCCACGGCUUCUCCCAGCACUCCAUGAUGGCCCAGCAACCCAUCAUCCGAGUAUAUGUUGACAAGUUAAUGAAGGGACUACAUGCGGCAUCCGACAAUGGCACAAAGCCUGUUGAUAUUGCGACCUGGUACAACUUUACCACCUUUGAUGUCAUUGGAGAUCUGGCCUUUGGUGAGCCCUUUGGCUGUCUUGACACCGGCAAACUCCACCCCUGGAUCACCCUCAUUUUCGCAGGCAUGAAGGACUUGGCGUUCAUCACCACUAUGGCUCGUACCCCUUGGCUCAACAACCUGUGGAAUCUCGUCACUCCAAAGAAAUCAACGAGUGAAUGGGCAUCGCACGUGGAAAUGGCGAGGGAAAAGGUACGCAAGAGACUGGCGUCUGGAAUGGAUCGCCCUGAUUUCAUCGAUGCCAUGUUAAAAAGAACAGGGGCAGCUGGAAAUGAAAUGACUUUUGAAGAGCUAGCCUCCAACGCACAAAUUCUCAUGAUUGCUGGUUCCGAAACAACCGCGACGGUACUCACAGCAACAACCUACUUCCUGGCCAGCAACCCAGAGACUCUGAAGAAGGUCGUCAACGAAGUGAGAUCAGGGUUCAGCUCUGAAAAUGACAUUAAUAUGGACAGCGUGAAGAAAUUGACCUACAUGUUGGCUUGCCUGAACGAAGGUAUGCGUGUCUUCCCACCUGUUAUCAAUGGAUCAGUGCGCACGAUUCGUCCCGAAGGAGAUGACAUUAUCGGUCACUAUAUUCCUGGUGGAGCUACAGUUGACGUCUGGCAAUGGGCUGUUCACAACAACCCAGACCAUUUUGCACAUGCCGACCAGUAUAUCCCUGAGCGUUGGUUAGACAACAAUGACCCUCGCUUCGCAAAUGAUGCAAAGCAGGCGCUGAACCCCUUCUCAAUUGGCCCUAGAGACUGCGUUGGCAAGAAUCUGGCAUAUGCAGAGAUGCGCAUGAUUCUUGCCCGCGUUCUCUGGAAUUUUGAUGUUAGCCUGCAUCCUGACACUCCUGGAUGGGAGAAGAGAACCAAGUCUUACUUCCUUUGGGAGAGAGGAGCCAUGAAUGUGAUGCUCACUCCCCGAAAGACGGAGUAA